AUGGCAAAUUUACAUACAGAGUCUGACGUGUUCAUUACUUCAAACACAAGAAAGAUCAACAAAAAAGUUCAUAAAUGUUCCAUAUGUGAUAAAGCUUUUGCAAGACCAAAUAAAUUACAUCAACAUAUCGAGUUUUCGCACAAAAAACAGUAUCCGUACGAAUGUAUUGUCUGUGGAAAACCAUAUUCAAGCAAAGAUCAUGCUAAUCGUCAUUAUCGAAAAGUUCAUCAACCAGUACAACCAACAAACACAAAUAAUUCUUUAACAUUUCGUUGUCCCGUUGACGAUUGUACAAAAGUUUUUGUAAGUAAAAAGAAUCUUGACCGACAUGUAAGAAAUUCACAUACAUUCAAUGGAAAGAAAAUGAAAUGCCCAUAUUGUGAUGUAAUCGUAGUUGGUGUUAAGGCUUUCCAUUCUCAUUUGACUGAUAGUCAUGGCGGUACACCUGGUGAAUACAAAUGUAUAGAUUGUCCAAAAGUUUUUCCAACACUUAAGCAAUUAUCUCAUCAUCGAAAAGUUCAUGGUGCUUAUAAAUGCGAUUUAUGUGAUCAAACAUUUCAAUGUUUAACGUAUUUAAAUCAACAUAGAAAUAGUAAAAUACAUAAUAAUUCUUACGUUUGCGAAAACGAAAAUUGCGGAAAGAAAUUUUCUCAUUUAAGAAAUCUUCGACAACAUUACAAAAUUCAACACAAAGAUAUUUGUUUCAUUUGUCCGAUUGUAUCUUGUUCAACAACGUUUACCUGUCAAGCAUUAGUCGGUCAUCAUUUAUUAAGUAUUCAUACAUUUGAAGAUAUUUAUAAACAAUUGAAACGUUAUCCAGCGAAAGGACAUUGUCGUCAUGAUGUCAAAGGUUUAUUAAGUGGUUUUGACGAUUGCCAAUUAAAAUCAAAAACGACAAUAAUAAAUGAAAAUGGAAUAAUACAUGAUAAAAUAAAGCAGUUAUUAGAAAUAUUGAUCAACAUACCAUCUACUGAACUGAUGGAAACAACUAAUCAAAUUGAACAUGAGGAAAAUAGUAACAGUUUGGGGACAGACGCAUCGAAUUUAACACCAUCCUUUGAUUCUCUCUCACUAGACGGUUUUAGUGAUGCGGACUUUUUCCUGUUAAAUUAG